CGGACGUGUAGAGCAACCGUUCUAACCAAAAAUUAUCACGUGUGCACCUUCGUUACUCGACUGCGCCGGUAAUUGAGUAUGAAUGACAGACACGUCGCGAUAACUCACCGUUCCCACGCCCACCAUGCGAUCGAGAGCCCCUAAAAUGCUCCGGCAAGUGCUAAAAUAUCUCAUUUUCAACCCAGCAUAAGUUUCAAGUGCGAAAUGGCUUUCAAAGUGUAUUUGAUUGUUUUCAUAACGUGGAUUGUGAACUGUACUCCGUGUGAUGUUUGUUGUAAUGUGACGACGUGUGAUUGUUCAUAUGUUUUGAGUAUCAAAGAUAGUGGUGACCGCAUACGAUGUUGUGAAGAUUAUCUCGUCUCAAAUAAGACGUUUAGGGAUGUGUCAAUACGAUUUAGUGGAAAAUGUGACCUGAGUAACAUACAUCUCAAUCUACCAACAUUGGAUACCCUUUCUAUCGCUAUGACAAAUAACAGUAUAGUGAAAUUAAAAAUCAACGUAAAACCGAAUAAUCUACGUGAAAUGAACUUAUCUAUGAAUAAACUGGUUUAUAUCAACAAAGAUCUAUUCAACAAUUAUACAAAUCUUCGAGUUUUGAUAUUGAGUAAAAAUAGCAUAAGUAAAAUAUCUUCCGAAAGCUUUUCUGGCCUCACGAAGUUAGAGACGUUAGAUUUAUCAGAGAAUAACCUAACAAAAUUGGAAAAUAUCUUCGGGCCGCUGAAGAAUCUGCAACAUCUAAAUUUGAGUAGGAACAACAUUGAAUUCAUUCUUGAAAACUACUUCAAUAACUGGCUGCUUCAACAUUUGGACGUAUCGCAUAAUAAUUUAAGGAAAUUAGCACCAGGAGCUUUGCAGCUAUUGCCGAAUCUGGCUCGAUUACUACUGACAGAUAACCCGCAUUUGGGGAUUACACAGCUGGAUACACAAUUGUUGGUAGGCACCGGCCGCAGACUACAGCAAAUCGAUGCAUCGAGGACCGGAUUAUACCAAGUCCCUGAAGCGUUCACACAUUCGGUUCGAUUUCUAUCCCUCGUCGGGAACAAGAUCAGCUCGAUACGCUGCGGUGACCUCGAUAGCUAUCCCUUAUUGCAAUCUUUAGACUUCUCCGACAAUAAAAUUAAAACUAUAGAAGAAGACUCACUAGGAAGAUUAGAAAUGCUACUUUUUCUAAAUCUAAACAAGAACUUCCUUACAAUAGUACCGAAGUCUCUACCAGAUGAAUUAAAGUACUUAUCGAUAAAUAAUAAUAUGAUACACAAUUUAUCCAUACCAGACUUCAAAAGCUUGCCAAAUUUACGAAUUCUGCUCUUGAAAAGCAAUGAUAUUCAUUUUAUUCAAGACCACGUGUUCGACGAUUUAUUAUCGCUGGAAAUAUUAGAUUUGUCAAAUAACCCAUUGCAAAUGCUGUCACCGAGUACAUUCGAUGGACCUUUAUCCCUCCGCGAUCUCAGAUUAUGCUACUUGAAUAUUUCCGUGCCUGCGAAAGAUGGCUCGUUUCCAAUGUCGUCCCCGGAAAGUGUGCAAAUGCUUCAUUUACAAUCCAGUCCAGGACUCGCUAGACAGUUUUUGGCCGACUCAGCAGCGCUCGCCGCCUUCUCGCAUUUGCAGUACUUGGACCUGAGAAUGAAUAAUUUACCGAGCAUACGUAACGACCUACUGUUCUAUCUGGUACAAUUAAAAACUUUGAGGUUACAUGGCAAUCUGAUAAACUGCAGCGCCGAGCUGUGGCUCUCCGAUUGGAUGAACUGGAAAAAAAGUUUAUCAAACAAUGAAACAUGUUACUAUUCGACGUCCGAAGCGAAGACAGAAAUAAACAAGUACAACUGCACGUUCCCAGAAACUUUUACAAUAAACGAAAGUUUGCCACCGGUUAAUUUAUACAGCACAGAGAUGAUAAAUAAACUGUUGAGGUAUUACGGUUAUUUAAAUAAUAAAACGGAGCGGUCGUCCUUUAAACGUAAUUAUAACGGCGACAAGAACAAUAGACAAACGCUGAGUGUAAACGAUACUUUUGUUACGAAGCUUGAAAAGAAAACUCUCAUGAAUAAAACAGCGAGCAAAGAAGAUGAGAAAUUAAGCGUAUACAGGAAUAAGAAAAUAAAUCUUCAAGAUUAUUAUAAUGAAACUCGACUGCGAUUGGGCAAGUCAUUGAAAACAGACGAAAAAUACGAGCGAGCGACUGACAUCGAUCGGUUGGAUAUUGGAGCGUUAUCAUACCGGCAUUCAAAUAAAACGGAUCGAAAGGCUUCGGGGAAACGGUUAAACACGCCCGUGGCGAGCAAAGAUACUUUAAUAGCUGAGAAUCAAUACGUACAGAAUGGUACGGAGAAAAAUGAUACAUACACGACUCCGAAUAAUAAAUUGGAAUACUCUUAUGUCCGACCUACGAGUCGCUUGGCCCAAUACCUUGGUACCGCUUCGGUGACGUUUUUAAUAGUGUCGUCGAUGGUAUUGUGGCUGAGUGUACGAUUGAGAUAUAAAAGGAGGUAUGUGGAGGUCGACAGUGGAGACCAGAUAGAGGUGUCGAAUAUAUCCGGGGGGGUGCUGUGGUGACAUUUGCGUGCAGCCGAUCCGAUGCCAUUCGAAUACGACUCGCUUUUGACAUAGUACAUAAUCCAGGGGUCGGCUGCAAAAAAACUCAUGUGAUAUGAUUGGACGUACAUAUUUUUCUAUGAGUAAGUACAAAUAGUGGUUAUAGUUAGCAAUAAGUCAUAUAUUCGUGUAUAAUUUGUAAAUAACGUAAGGCCUAUUUUUAUGGACUGUAUAUAUAUGUAUAAGUGUAUAUAAUAUGUAUAAAAGCGUAAUUACAUAAUUUGCUUGGAAGUAGUGAGAAAUUUCAAUACGUUGAACUGUAACUACG